GAGACAGAGGGAGAGAGUGUUGUUUGGCGCAGUACACAAUUCUAGGCGGCUCUCUGCUUUCUCUGAAUCACAUCGUCUAUUAACGGGGCUCCGCAGAUUUUUUUUGUUUUGAGAUUUUAAAGAAAGAUUCGAACAUCUAGAAUUUUAUAUCACUGAGAAAAAUAAUAUACGAGUGUAAUUAGUAAAUAGAGGUGUAAAAUGAGUUCGAUUAACGUGAAGAAGCUUAAGGUAAACGAGCUGAAGGACGAGCUGAAAAAGCGGCAUCUUUCCGACAAGGGGCUGAAGGCCGAACUGAUGGACCGGCUGCAGGCCGCACUGGAUGAGGAGGCCCAGGCUGGAGGCGCCUUCCCGGGGCCCGGAGCGGAGGAGAAUGGCGCCGAGGGCGGUUACGACGAAGCGGGUGGCCUAGAUGAAAUGGGAGAGGAGGACCUGGAGGACGAUUUGGUCGGAGAAAGCAUGGAGGCCGACGAGGAGGAAGAGGAUGGAGACGGGGGCGAAGCGGACGCUGACGACGCCACUGCGGGUGGGUGCGAAGAUGUCGGUGAUCAACAGGAUGACGAGAUGGGGGAUGAAGAUGAGGAAGACGCCGGCGUGGAGAUGGAUAAGUCGGACGAAGACGAGGAUGCACUGUUGAAAGAUGAUGAAGAAAUGGACAAAAUCGAUGAUGAGAAUGGUGCACAAGAAUCACAGCCGGCAGAAGGGGAUGCGGACAAAGACAAGAAUGCUGAACAGAAGAAUAAGAAGGGCGUUAAGAGGCGCCGGGAAGAACAUGGAAGGGGCUACUUUGAAUUUAUUGAAGAAAGCAAAUACAGCCGGGCUAAGUCCCCCCAGCCACCCUUGGAGGAGGAGGAUGAGGAGUUCGAUGACACAACCGUCUGCCUGGACACCUACAACAGCGACCUGCACUUCAAAGUGUCCCGGGACCGUUACAGCGCUUCUUCCCUCACCAUGGAGAGCUUCGCCUACCUGUGGGCUGGAGGUCGGGCCUCCUACGGGGUGGCCAAGGGCAAGGCCUGCUUUGAGAUGAAGUUAAUCGAGAAGAUACCCGUGAAGCACGUGUCCAGCAAAGGCAUUGAGAUCCAUGAAGUCCAGGUGGGCUGGUCGCUGGCCAAUGGCAGCCUGCUGUUGGGUGAGGAGGAGCAUUCUUAUGCUUAUGCUGUCAAGGGGAAGAAAACCACCAACUGUGUGACAGAAGACUAUGGAGAGAAUUAUGAUGAAAAUGACGUCAUCGGUUGCUUCAUUAACUUUGAUGCUGACGAGGUGGAGAUCUCUUACUCCAAGAACGGGAAGGACCUGGGCGUGGCCUUCCGGGUCAACAAGGAUUCCCUAGCCGGGCGACCCCUCUUCCCCCACGUCCUCUGCCACAACUGCGCCGUGGAGUUCAACUUCGGCCAGAGAGAGACUCCGUACUUCCCCCAGACGGAGGGCUUCACCUUCCUGCAGAAGAUCCCCGUGGAUGACCGGGUUAGAGGGCCGAAGGGGCCAGAGACCAAGAAGGACUGCGAGGUGAUAGUCAUGGUCGGCCUUCCUGGAGCAGGAAAGACCACGUGGGUAAUGAAGCACACAUCAGAAAACCCUGGGAAAUACAACAUCCUGGGCACCAACACCAUACUGGAGAAGAUGAUGAUCGGCAGCCUGAAGCGCCAGAUGAAGGACACCACCAAGCUGACCGCCAUUUCCCAGCGUGCUCCUCUCUUCCUCGGAAAGUUCAUCGAGAUCGCCGCGCGCAAGAAGCGGAACUACAUCCUGGAUCAGACCAAUGUGUCAGCCCCUGCCCAGAGGAGGAAAAUGUGUCUGUUCGCCGGGUUCCAGCGCAAGGCCGUGGUGGUGUGCCCCACAGACGAGGACUACAAGCAGAGGACACAGAAGAAGGCCGAGACAGACGGCAAAGACGUCCCCGAACACGCCGUCCUCAAAAUGAAAGGAAUCUACACUUUGCCGGAAGAGGGAGACUGCUUCAACGAGGUGAUCUACGUGGAGCUGCAGAAAGAGGACGCCACCAAGCUGCUGGAGCAGUACAAGGAGGAGAGCAAGACCGUCCUGCCCCCAGAGAAGAAGCCCAACCAGGGCGGUGCCCCCCCUAAGAAGGGUGGCAUCCGCGGCAGGGGGAACAAGAGCCAGUUCAGCCGGGGCGGGGGACCCGGGCAGAGGGGCGGCCGUGGAGGGUUCCAGAGCCGAGGCAACUUCAGGGGAGUCCCUGGCCCCCGCGGUGGAUUCAGCAGACCACCCAGAGGCUUCCUGCCCCCACCGGCCUUCCGCGGCGGCUUCUCCAACCGCGGCAACUUCAACCGAGGAGGAGGCGGCGGCAUGCCCAACCGGGGCGGGGCUCCCAGGGGCGGGCCAAUCAGGGGCAACAUGGGCCACAGGGGCGGGUCAAUGAACAGGGGCAACUUGCACCGGGGCGGAGGAGCAAACCGGGGAAAUUUCAAUCAGAAGUUCAGAGGCAGAGGGGGCAACAACAGAGGGGGCUUCAAGAAUGGCAAUUUCGGCAUGAACAAGGCCCAGGCCUUCAAUCAGAGCUGGCAGCAGGGGUUCUGGGACCAGAAGCCAUGGAGCCAGCAGUAUCAUCCAGGAUAUUACUGAGCAUGUGCAAAAGGGACUGGUGGCACAGUGAUACCCUCCUAAAAAAAAAAAAAAAAAA